AUGCUGGAGCGGUCAGUGCCUUUUUGUAGAAUGGAUGGAUUUAAUAGAGUCGCUUUUCGCAGGAAACCACGAAGUCUGGAAACUGUGGAGCCAGAGGAAGAAGAGAGGAAAGGCGAAGCUGACUGUUUCCAGUCCAAGAAUGCGGAUGAGGAGGCCUGCGUGGCUGUGAAAAUCGAGCACUCCACAGCUCUAGGUAGCAGCCCGGCGUGCGAGCGCAGCAACCCGCCCAGCGUGCAGGCGUGUCUGAAUCGGGCGAGCCGCGGGACGACUGACAGGAGCAGGGGAGGAGGCGUCAAUGGAAGAGGCCCUGGCAGCAGGCCUUGGCUGCAGUCUAAACCACAAGUGCCUCCAAAGCCACUGCAUCUUCAGAGCCCGGUGACGGAGCUCUCAUCCCCAUUGGGCCGCAGCCAGAAACCAUCGCUUAGACCGGGCAUGGAAGAGGAAGGUGGAGGAGGAGGAGGAGGAGGAGGAGGAAGAGGGGCUGUGAACCGGGAGAGGGCCAGGGACAAACACUCCAAAGUCUCAGACCUGAUCAGCCGCUUUGAGGAGAACAGCAGCACAGAGAACAAGAGAGACGGCUCACCGCUCAAAAAUAUCAGCAAGUCGAACAACUGCAGCCCAGCCCACCGCCCCCACCAGAGGCAGACGGAGACCGGCAGGAAUCAGGAGAACCACACUUCCACACCGGCCGGGACACACCAGGAUGACCAAAAACCGGCGGCUAACGGGUUGCUAGCGCAGAUGGAGCAAGGAGACAAGGAGAAGGAAGAUAAAGAGGAGUCUGAGAAUGAAAGUGUGAGGAUAGAGACUGCGGGGCUGGUAAAUGGAGAUAUGGGGAACGGGAGUGCAGAGCAGGAUGAGGAUCGUUCGUCUCCACAGACGGACAGGACUGAUACAGAAAGCCACACUGAGAUUGAGCACGGUGGGACUACAACAGAAAGUGAGCACAGGAAUGAAGAAGGGAGCAGUGACCAUAAGGAGACAAAUGAACAGAAACUGUUUAAGAUCGCCAGCGAGCUCUUGCAGACAGAGAAGGCCUAUGUAGCAAGACUUAACCUGCUGGACCAGGUAUUCUGUGCUAAGCUAAUGGAGGAGGCCAACAAGGGAACGUUCCCUGUGGACGUAGUGAAGAACAUCUUCUCCAACAUCUGCUCCAUCCAUGCCUUUCACAGCCAGUUUCUGCUUCCAGAUCUGGAGAAACGCAUGGGAGAAUGGUCGUCCACCCCUCGCAUUGGAGACAUCCUGCAGAAACUCACACCCUUCCUCAAGAUGUACGCAGAGUAUGUGAAGAAUUUCGACAAGGCCAUGGAGCUGCUGAAACAGUGGACUGACCGUUCGCCUCAAUUCAAGGCCAUCAUUCAGGAGAUACAGAGUCAAGAGGCCUGUGGCUGCCUGACGCUUCAGCAUCACAUGUUGGAGCCUGUGCAGAGAGUCCCUCGAUAUGAGAUGUUGCUUAAAGACUAUCUGAAGAAGCUGCCUCAGGACGACCCCGACCGUCGAGAUUCUGAAAAAUCAUUAGAAAUCAUCGCUACAGCCGCGACUCACUCCAACAGCGCCAUACGAAAAUCUGAGAAUCUGAAGAAACUGCUGGAGAUAUACGAGAUGCUGGGUGAGGAGGAGGACAUUGUUCACCCUUCUAAUGAGUUCAUCAAAGAGGGCCACAUCCUGAAGCUGGCAGCCAGGAACACCUCGGCCAUGGAGAGAUACCUCUUCCUGUUCAACAACAUGCUGUUGUACUGCGUGCCCAAAUUUAGCCUGGGAGGGCCUAAGUACACAGUGAGGACACGAAUCGGCAUCGAUGGCUUGAAGGUCCUGGAAACGACCAACGAGGACUACCCUCAUACCUUCCAGGUGUCAGGGAAGGAGAGGACACUAGAGCUACAGGCCAGCUCAGAGCAAGACAAAGCCGACUGGAUUAAGGCUUUCCAGAAGACCAUUGAGAUCUUCCAGCAAAAGAACGAGUCAUUCAAGAAUGCAUUAAAAGAUGCAGAGGAAGUAUCGAAAGCAGAGCUGGGGAAGCGUGCACCUCGUUGGAUACGCGACAAUGAAGUGACAAUGUGCAUGAAGUGUAAAGAGCCUUUCAAUGCUCUGACACGGCGGAGACACCACUGCAGAGCCUGCGGCUAUGUGGUGUGCUGGAAAUGUUCAGACAAUAAGGUGCAACUAGAAUAUGAUGGCAACAAGAUGAGCAAAGUCUGCAGAGACUGCUACUCCAUCCUGACUGGAGAAGUGCUAACCGAGGGCAAGAAGAAGGGCAUCCUGGAGAUAGAGGCAGCUCAGUUCUCAGGCAGCAGCAUCAUGUGUGGCUUCCUGCAGUACUGUGAAAAGAACAAACCCUGGCAGAAGGUGUGGUGCGUCAUCCCCGAGAAGGAAUGUCUGGUGCUCUACCUCUACGGCGCUCCGCAGGACGUGAAGGCCCAGUGUACAAUCCCCCUUCUGGGUUAUUCUGUGGAUGACAGCACCCGGCCCACAGACGCUCCAGCCAGCUUCCGUCUCUCCCAGUCCAAGUCCGUCCACAACUUUGCUGCUGAAACUGAGGAGCUAAAGCAGCGCUGGCUCAAAGUCAUACGAGUGGCAGUGACAGGAGAGAUGCCAGAAUGCCCUCACACCAACGGCGGCAAUCCAAACAUGAUGGACAACAACAACACACAAGAGGCUGCUGCUGAUAGCACAUAAAGCGGCUGCCGGACUUUUCUACAAGCAAACUGCUGUUGGGUUGCUCAAGAAAGACGGGAUGUGCAGAUGUGUACUGCACAAACAGAAUACAAAUGCACACUCUCCAUGAUGUUCUUGACUCUGAAUCUUCAAGCUAAAGUGAAAAAAUCAGUGCUGGAUAAGCUGCCUUUUCUUGUCACUCUCCUCUUCCCCCGUUUCCUCCGGGAUUUUCUCAUAAACCCAACUUUUGAUUCACUGCUAAGGCUGUGCUGGAUUACUAAAGAACAUCUCUGGUACAAUCAACACUAGAGCAAGGGGCCUCAGGACUGAUUGACUUCCCUCAAACAGGCACUAUUAAGGACAGCUCAAAUUCAUUCUUUAUGGACCUCUAUCAACUCCUCUUGAGCUAGUGGACUACCACAGACUUGCACAGCGCUCUGUACAGGAUGUGAAUCAAAGCAAAAGGACAGUUCAAACUAAGUCUGCUGGUGCUGUAACUCAGCUCUGUGUACAUGUACAGUAUAAAUGUUUUUCUUUUUGAAAAGGAACAGUUGUGUUUUUAAUGCAUAGAAAUCAGUCCCAAACGUUGUUUCUAUAACACAGAAGAUCAUCUAAGUAUGCUAUAAAGUAUUUACAGUAUUCCCCCUUUUCUUUGCUUGAGAAGAUGGUUCCAAAACUGGAACUGAAAAUGGUCUUGUGGUUGGAAUAAUGAUGGUCUCAUCUCCCUCUCUCAUCCCUCAGUGAAAAUUAAGCAACAGUCUAAUCAAAUCCUGAAUCCUACAACGGUGGGCGAUAAAAUCUCUCAGAUAUAAACUGUUAAAGCAGUACAUAUUGUGCAACGGUAAAUUUUGCAGAAAUGAAAAUGAGAAACCAUUUAUAGAUAAAAUAACCAAAUGUGAAUGUCUGUUUUAGGCUCAUCUGGUAUAAUUGAAUACCUGACAAAUCAGCACGCUUCACUACAUGAAUGCAACGUCGAUCCUGUAAACUCAAUACUACAAUAGGUCAGUCCUGCUCACUGACAACGGGGUACAACCAGUGAUUUGGCAUUGCACUCCCAUAAAAUUGGGAAAAUAGCAAGAGGCAGAUUUUAAAAAGAUUUAAAAAUCAAAGCAACAGAGGCCAAACCCCUGGGACAGUCAAGCUUGAAGAAUGAUAUAUCCUACAAUUCCCAUAAUGCAACUCAUUAGCAUCGUCCGUUAGACUUCCCUGAUUGUUAAAUCCCAUCAUAUUUGACACUCCGUUACCCAGUUUACAACACAGGUUUUCUGUCAAAUAUUGCAAGGCUAAAGCCUAACUCAAAAUGACCCUGGUGACAUCACUAUGACAUCAUCAGAGUUAUUUUCUCAGACUUUAGGAAACCCCCCACACACACACACACAACUGUUUUCUCCACUCAGCUUGAGCAAGGCAAGUAAACUGAACGCUCUGUGUAAAAUCUGUGGAGUGUCCCUUUAAAGGUAUACUUGCCCGAGUAGGAAGCGCAGCAAACUAACAAAUCUCUAUGGUCUGAUGAUUUUGGUUUUGUCGCACAUCGCCCACACCUAUGGCCUGCACAGUGCAGUCUGUAUUAAACAAUCAUCUAUUCUAAUCCGGCUAUGUAAAUGAUGGAUGAUACUCCUUCAUGUGCAAAUCUGAGGGUGAACAGCAAAUGGUAGUCUAACUACACAACAGUCAUGGACGUCAAUUCAUGUAGAGAAAGAUGAGCAGGGACCCUCAUUAUGUUUGUGUGGCAGUUUUCUAUUUAGAUGCAAAUGCAGCACAAUCACAGGUAUAGCAAGCUGGCGCGAGACAUGUAAAUGUGUUUUUAAUGCUGUAAUUAUUAUUUAAAAGUAAUUUAUAGAAUAUGACAAGCAUGAUCUGUUAAAAGUAGCACAAAUUUGUUCCCUCACUGUCCACUAAGAAGUGCAGUAGGUAGAUCUUAUUUUUUCUGAGAGCAGAUGUUUUUCCACUAACCCAUCAAACAUCACCUCGGUUCUUCAGUGUGACACAGAUCAAUCGUGGUGCUGGAUGGACUGUGUGGGGGGGAAAUGUGCCUAUAUUCUCCAUAAUGAGCGUCUUUAUUCACAUGUUCCCAUUUGCAGAAUUCCCCCUCUACGCAAUGCUGGUGCUUACCUGAGUCUUACCCCUCUGAAUUCCCCCUCCAUCCUCAGUAUUAAAAUAAAAAAAAAACUCAAAGAGCACAAACCUUGCCUGUCUGUAAGAUCUGAAUGUAUAUCCAGAUUUUUAUGUGUCCUCGCAUCCCCUCCCCAAAGGUUUGAGAAUCUACGCACUUUACAGUCCUAUAAAGUGUACCUUCAAAGAAAUAAAACAAGAUUAAAUAUGA